AUAAACUUCUUAUAACCUUUGUUAAAUAAACUAAUUUUAUGACGUUGACCAGUGCAUUACUGCUAUCAUUAUGUGCUAAUUGGCCACCAUCAAAUAUAUCUUAUUUCACUACUGAACCUCCACCUUGGAAAUGGAUUCCUGGGAAAGUAGCUAAAUUAUUGAAUAAUAAAGAGUAUCGAUGUGAAUUGAAAAAUAAUUUACAAAUCCGAAAUGAAAUAUUACGAGGAAAACGCUUGAAAAUUGCUACGUUUGCGGAUAUGGACCCACUUAGUUGGGUGACUACUGAACCUAAUGGUACUCUUAUAGGUCAUGGUAUAGCAUUUGAAAUAGUAGAAACACUUCGUCAAAGGUAUGGAUUCACAUUCGAUGUUGUGAAGCCUAUCAGAAAAACAUUAUUGAAUGAGAAUGGAAGUAUUAUUCAAAUGGUGAUUAACGGGAAUGUGGAUAUGGCAGCAGCAUUCAUACCAACAUUGCCUGGAUUAGAUCAUGAAAUUCAAUGGGGAAUCGAUUUAACACAAUUUCGAUAUGUUGUACUUAUGAAAAGACCUAAAGAAAGUGCUACUGGUUCCGGUUUACUAGCUCCUUUUGAAUCCGAUGUAUGGUUACUGAUAUUAAUAUCGUUAUUUGCUGUGGGUCCAAUUAUCUUCGGUAUCAUGUGGCUAAGGCAUAAACUUUGUGGUCAUGAAUCAAUUGUUUAUCCUAUACCCACUUGUGUUUGGUUUGUAUAUGGAGCUUUAAUGAAACAAGGAUCAUCUUUAAAUCCAGAUACAGAUUCUGUCAGAUUGAUAUUCGCUACAUGGUGGAUUUUUAUAAUGAUACUUACCUCAUUUUAUACGGCUAAUUUGACGGCUUUCCUAACACUCUCCAAGUUUACUUUACCUAUUCAAACAGUAGACGAUAUAGCUAAUGGUAAAUAUCAAUGGGUUGCCGCAGAAGGCAGUGCAAUAGAAUAUUCUGUUAAAGAAGAUAUCGAUUUAAUGGCGUUAAAAAAUUCAAUGCGCGAUGGUAAUGGAAUAUUUGUAGAGGAUAUGCAAUUGAAAAACGUAAUGGAUUUUAUUUCAUCGGGCAAACUGUUAUUGCACGAUAAAAAUUGGCUUAAUUUUUUAAUGUUGAAUAUUGAACGGGCAAUUACGGAGGACAAAAAUCGAUGCCGUUAUGUAUUGACGACUGAUUCGUAUUUAACCAGAUCAUUAUCAUUUAUUUACCCUAAAAAUAGCAUUUUACCACCUUUGUUCAAUCCAAUAAUGCUAUCUUAUAUGGAGUCAGGGAUAAUAAAACACCUGCAAACUAAAGACCUACCGGAAGCGGUAAUUUGUCCACUAAACUUGGGCAGUAAAGAGCGACAACUCCGCAACUCGGACUUAUUUACUACAUAUUCAGUAGUAGUUUGUGGCUUCUCAAUAGCUGCUACAAUAUUUAUCUUGGAGCUGAUUUCCACUAGAACUGGUUGGUAUGUGAAAGCGAAUUUUUCGCGUAAACAGAGUGAUCGUCAAAAGGGUGUACAUGAUGAGAUAGCUUAUUAUGGAAUACCAUCAAAAUCUAUGUAUCCAUUUAGUCAUCGUCAAAAUAUGGAGUCAACACACUUAAACUUCAACGGACGCGAAACGAUAAAUACCAAAGAUAAUUUUAUGAAAGAUCAUGGUUUCAUUCCAGUACGAAUUCCUUCUUCAAUAAUGUUUGAAAGCACAGGGAGAUGGUUUCGUAAUUAAAGCGGAAGAAUUAAUGAAAAAUGAACAGCAUUUAUUUUUAAAUUUAAUAUACAACAUUUCUAACGUUGAAUUAAUAAAAAAAUAUAAAAUUUGUAUUUUAUUUAAA